ACAGCACUCCAGGCAGACCGUUGGUCUGUUGGCCAUCUACUUGUAUCAUCAUCAUUAUAGACGACAUCAACGAUCUUAUAGACUGUAAUAUCACUGCAAACUCCCUAUACUUCAGCAAUCAUCAUCAUCCAACACUUAGAUAUCUUCUCUCGAAUCAUGUCAUCCCAGCAAGACCCUCAGUUCGGACCUCUAAUUGAGGCUCUGCGUAUCGCGCCUACUGCACCAGACGCUAAAGCAGCUGCAGACAGAUUGUCCCGCGAAGUUUCAAAGUCUGGGCUACAAUCACUCGAAGACUAUGAAAUCAUCAAAACUUUGCACUCUUUUGCUACUAAUAAAAAGUCUGGUUACGAGCGAGAAUCUGCUGCGGUAGCCUUUCACUCCUUUGCUGUCAUCUUGGGAGCCCCCGUCGCUCCGCUGUUAAUACCAUCCCUUUCCAUUUUGUUCGAUAUGUAUAUGGAUAAGGGCGACGUUGUUCGCAUCGCUGCAACAUCAGCUGUCAAGGCAAUCCUGAAACUCUUCCCGCCAGAGGCGACAAGACUUGUGUUUCGUACUCUAGAACCGAUCGUCCAAGGUGGAAAAUGGAAGACAAAAGUGGGAGGAUUGGACGCUAUACGCGGAUUCGCCGCGUCUGCGAAAGACGUUGUCGCAGCGGAAUUGGUAGAAGUACUUCCGAAGGUGGAGAAUGCUAUGCACGACACGAAAUCAGAGGUCUCUUCCGCUGCCAACAAAUGUGCAAUAGCCUUGUGCACUACUCUCGCCAACCCCGAUCUUGUCCCUCAUAUCCCAGUGCUUGUGAAAUGCAUGGCCAAUCCAGACUCUGUUCCUGCUUGUAUUAAGGCGCUAUCGUCCACCACUUUUGUCGCAGAAGUCACGGCACCUGCUUUGGCAGUGCUAGUUCCCCUGUUGAUCCGCGCUCUCAACGAUCGAAGUAUGGAGACUCAGAGGCGUACGGUCGUCGUCAUUGACAAUCUUGUUAAACUUGUGCGGGAUCCAAAAGUUGCCGCUCAAUAUCUCAGUCCCCUUGUUGAAGGUGUAGAAAAAAUUGCGAAAGGUGCUGCAUUUCCUGAAGUUCGUGCAUUUGGAGAAACGGCCCUUGAAACUCUACUCAAAUCUGGCGCCUCUGCCAAAGUUCCCCCUUCAGAAUCUCGCGACCUUGAGCAGCAGACUAAGGACGCUUGUUCCGCUUUACUUCUUCUACUACCUGAGGAUAUCCGUGACCCUUCCUCUCCUCCCAAUGGGCCUUAUACUCCCAAGUAUUCUCUGUUGACUCGUUCAUUGGAUUUCCAAGCUUCCCUGGUUGCAGAUCUUGUGAAUGCCCGACAGUUUUCUGACAUAAAUGCUUGGUCCAGAUGCAUCGGCCUCUUCAUUAAAGGCUGGACAGAUCCAGAGCACAGCACUCGGUUUUCAGAAGCAGUUCGCGAGCAUUUCCUCGCAAUUGACAAGGCAAAGUAUACUGUUCUUACCAAUGGCAAUAGUGAAGAAGGUGAAGUUCUAUGCGACACGUUAUUUUCUCUGGCAUAUGGUGCUCUGCUGUUGCUUUCGCAUACUACCUUACGGCUCAUCCGUGGACGCCGAUAUGGAAUCCUUGGUACCAACGGUUCGGGAAAAUCGACGUUGCUUCGUCAACUGAGAGAUGGGAAGGUCGAGAAUUUCCCACCCCAGGAUCAAUUGCGUUGUGUGAUGGUUGAGCAUUCAUUGCAAGGGGAAGAUGCAUCAUUGUCAGUUUUGGACUUCAUCGCUUCAGACAAAGCUUUGGCCUCUGUCCCUCGAUCCAAGAUUCGCGAUCAACUUAUUGAGGUCGGCUUCGAUGAUGAACGACAAGCUGAUACAGUCGGCGGUUUGUCGGGUGGCUGGAAGAUGAAAUUGGAAUUGGCUAGAGCCAUGCUAUACAAUGCCGAUCUUCUACUUCUUGAUGAGCCGACUAACCACUUGGACCGUGCCUCCGUUGCAUGGCUGGAAAAGUAUCUAAUCGCACAUAAGAACGUAACUUGUCUCAUUGUAAGUCACGAUUCAGGCUUCUUGGACAAUGUUACCACCGACAUCAUACACUAUGAGACGAAGAAGCUCGUGUUCUAUCCUGGUAAUCUUUCAACGUUUGUAGCUCACCACCCAGAAGCCAAGUCGUAUUAUACUCUCGCCGCUACUUCUGUCAAGUUCUCGUUCCCUCCUCCUGGUUCCCUCAUGGGAGUCAGGAGCAAUACGCGGGCAAUCCUAAAAAUGACAAAUUGCACAUUUACCUAUCCAGGAAGAGACAAACCUAGCUUGCACAAUGUCAGCUGUGCAUUAUCGCUGUCGAGCCGCGUUGGUGUGAUUGGACCAAAUGGUGCUGGUAAAUCGACCUUGAUUAAACUCCUCACCGGUGAGACCGUACCUCAAGAAGGAACGGUGUACAAACAUCCGGCGCUACGAGUAGGUUAUGUGUCUCAACAUGCUACUCACCAUAUAGAACGUCAUUUGGAGAAGACCCCGAUUCAAUAUAUUCAAUGGCGAUUCCAAGAUGGUCAUGAUCGGGAAAUUCUUGAGAAGGCAACUCGUAUUCUCACUGAUGAAGAGAAGCUAGUGUUGGAUCAAGAUUGGGUUGGAAAAGAUGGUUCAAAACGAAAACUCGAACUGAUCAUGGGCCGUCAAAAGCUAAAGAAAUCUUUCCAAUAUGAGAUAAAAUGGCGUGGUCUCGAUCACCGAUUCAAUACCUGGGUUGCCCGUGACGAUCUUAUCACGAAAGGUUUUACAAAGCUAGUCCAGCAGUUUGACGAUCUCGAAUCAUCUCGAGAGGGUGCUGGAUCUCGUGACACCGCAGCACACCUUGUUCGCAAGCACCUCGAAGAUAUUGGUUUAGAUGGAGACAUCGCUCAAUAUAAUGAAAUAUCUGGUCUAUCAGGAGGUCAGAAGAUUAAAUUGGUGAUCGCGGCAUGUCUUUGGAACAAUCCACAAAUCUGUGUACUCGACGAACCAAGUAACUUUCUGGAUCGAGAAGCUUUGGGUGGUUUGGCAAUUGCCAUCAGGGAUUGGGCUGGUGCUGUGGUCAUUAUUUCCCACAACCAUGAGUUUGUGUCUGCGUUGUGCCCUGAAACUUGGUACGUUGAGGCUGGACGAAUGUCUCAUAAGGGGAAGACUGCAGUCAUCGAGGAUGCCUUCUUGGACAAGAAGGGAAGUGGGUCGAAUACCCCCGUUCGAUCUCGUAUCCAAAGUCCUGCUCAAUCAACCAAUGGGACGCCUGUCGUCAGUGGUGCUGAAGACAACGGAACAAGAACUCCGCCUAUUAAGAAGAAAAAGAAGAUGACUCGUAAUCAGGUCAAGGCGCAGGAGGAGCGCAGAAGAUUACGGAAACUUGCGUGGUUGACACAUGGAGGUCCUAAGCCUGAGGACACAGAUAGCGAAUAACGGAUGUGUGUUUCAUUAUGUUCUACCAUCAUAGAGUACCUGUAUAAUCUAUCAUAGAAUACCUAGUAUAGAUUGCAGAUUUGAAUCGUUUGUCGAUGCAAUUCAAAACCUGAUACGCGAAUAGUGCGCAAGGUGCCAAUC